AGAAGUUUAACAAAUCUGGGACUACUCUGUGUUAUCCCAAGUCUCCCCACCCUGGUUACAGUAAACCGUCAUUUUUGUUUCUACUGAAAGAUUCAACCAAGCAACAAGACUGAUUUGGCUGACGGGAAGCCCCCCGCUACCCCUCUCGUCCCAGAAUGCCAUUGGUGACGAGGAACAUCGAGCCUCGCUAUGUGUGCCGCCAGACGAUCCCCAACACUAUCCGCAGCGAGCUGGAGUGUGUCACCAACAUUAGCCUUGCCAACAUCAUACGCCAGCUAGGCAGCCUCAGUAAGUAUGCAGAGGAUGUGUUUGGAGAGCUGUUUGUGCAGGCGGGGGUGUUUGCUGUCCGAGUGAACACACUGGGAGAGAGAGUGGACCGUCUACAGGUCAAAGUCACCCAGCUCGACCCUAAAGAGGAGGAGGUCUCUCUGCAGGCCAUCACCCAGAAGAAAGCGUUUCAUAGUAAUCUGACUCAGGACCAGCAGUUGUUCUGUAGACCCUCUCUACCGCUGCCUGUACAGGAGACCUAUCUGACCUGCAACCCACCUCCACCACUCAACAACCUCAGCCAGUACAGGGAUGAUGGUAAGGAUGCUCUGAAGUUCUACACAGAUCCCUCCUACUUCUUUGAUCUGUGGAAGGAGAAGAUGCUGCAGGACACGAAGGACAUCAUGAAGGAGAGACGCAAACACAGGAAGGAGAAGAAGGACAAUCAGAAUAUGCGGACUCUGAAUCCCAGGAAGAUCAAAACCAGGAAGGAUGAGUGGGAACGGCUAAAGAUGGGAGAGGAGUUUGUGGUGCCCAAGAAUGACAUGGGAGAAUCUCUUGAGGGUCUGAAUGGCAGUAUUGGUUCAGGAGAAGGCUGUUACUCCCCUGAUGGUUUGGACCAGAGUACUGGGUCGUACGCCUUCGAUCCUGGCUCCCCCCUCCCUCCCCCCGCCCCAGACGACUUCCUGCCCCCUCCACCCCCAGACAUGGCGUAUCAUGACGGACAGUACGGAGCAUCAACCCAAAAGCGCACCAGCGUUCUUAGCCCCACACACCCCCCUCCAGCCCCUCCCAUGCCCUCUACUGCUCCCAUUGGCACACGGCCCAACCUGGCCCCUCCUCCUGCCCCACCUCCUCCUCCCCCCUCCCCUGGCUUCGGAAUCCCUCCCCCUCCCCCCUCUGGAUUUGACUCUUCCCCUCCCACUCUCCCCUCUUCCUCUGCCUAUCUCCCCCCUGCCCCACCUCCUCCUUCCUAUCAGGCCUCCAUCUCUCCGCCUCCUCCCCCCUCUCUCCCCCAGGGUGGUGGCGCACCUCCUCCUCCUCCUCCUCCCCCGCCUCCCCCAGGCCCUCCUCCUCCCACUUCUGGCCCUCCUCCCCCCUCCUUCUCCAUUGGGGCUCCCCCUCCUCUUAAAUCCACCCAAGCUCAGCCAGAAGCCCCCGCUGACGCUCACAGUGACCUCCUGUCGGCUAUCCGGCAAGGUUUUAACCUACGUAAGGUGGAGGAACAGAAAGAGCAGGAGAAAAAGGAUAACUACGGCAACGAUGUGGCGGCCAUCUUGUCUCGCCGUAUUGCUGUGGAGUGCAGCGACAGCGAGGACGACUCCUCAGAGUUGGGAGAUGACGAUUGGUCCGAAUGAGACCUUCAUCACCUCCACCCUCAUGGUCUUCCUCGGUCCUCGUCAGAGAGAAUGCAUCAUAUCCUUAUCCCAUUACUUCUUUAUAAUCUAUGAUCUAAGGAGUAGAGGUCCAAAGAUAAGUGUGUGUGU